UCCUGGGAUCAAGAAUUAGAAACAAUUGCGCAGAGAUGGGCCAAUCAGUGUAUUAAUAAUUAUGAUUAUUGUAGGAACGUAGAAAGAUUCAACGUUCUACAGCUUUUGGCGUCAAAAUCCUCUCCGAACGAAAAUAAAUUCACUUUGAAAGACAUGAUUCAACAAUGGGUUGAUUCAAUAAUUAAUUUCAGAGAAAAUCUGUUUUCCAAAUCUGUGAACCCUAGAAAGGUGGCAGAAUUUUAUUAUGUUAUCUUGGGUAACGCAACAAAAUUCGGGUGCGGACAAAUAAAAUUCAAAAAUCCAAACGAUUUCACCACGCAUAAUCUAAUUUGCAACUAUGGUCCGAUGUAGAAAAAGGUAUAUAAACUAAAGAAAUGGAUUUGGCAUCCCCCCAUAAAUUAAUUUAAAAUGUGGUUUUACAACAUAAAAGAAAGUAAACUUUUUGUAUCAAAUCUUUUAUACAUGGAUGCUUUAUCGUUUAAAUUUUUAUGGCAAAGCAAUAAAAAUUACAUACAUUCGACGAUAGCUUAUAAAUAAGGAUAACCUCGUGAAAAAAUAUUAUUAAAUUUGCGAAAACGCACGUGCGAGUAAUAGUAAUUAGAAAAUCAUUCAAAUCUAAUAUUGUGUAUUAUUCCUUCUAAUACUUUUUUAAAUCUAACGUGCAUUAUUUCUUUUAAUUCAUUUUUCACUAAUCUUAUAAUCUUUUCACAAAAAGUAGUGAUUCAAUUUAAAAAGUAACGACACGAAGGAAAACAAGAAUGUGUAAAAAUACAUGAUAUGCUUGGUGCAGAUGAAUAAUUACAUCUGUUACAAUAGUAUUAAUGAAAAAUAU